GUGCUUCUGGGAGGAGAAGUUGAGAGAUCAACAUUGGAAAUCGGGCGGGGACAAUUUUUUUUGUAAGCUGCUGAGAUAAAUCUCGACCGUGGAUUACUGAGUGCGGGGAGCUGAACGGACCCGACACACCUACCGUAGAUAGCGAGACGAGGCAGCGGGACUGAAGGAGACACCAAACCGUCAACAUGAGGCUUAGUGUGUGGUCUCUGAUCGUGGUUCUUGCGGUGGUUGGCCUGAACGCCGUACUACCUAUCAGUGCGGAAGCUGAGGGCCAUGAGAAGGUGGCAGAAAAAGAAGGCGAGAAGUUCUUGGAAGAGUUUACAAACGAUGAGUUAACAGACGAAGACAAGCGGUUUGGAAAGGGUGGUGCCUACGAUCCUCUAUCAGCGGGCUUCACAGACAAGCGUUUCGGCAUGGGUGGCGCCUACGAUCCCCUUUCUGCUGGCUUCACAGACAAGCGGUUUGGAAAAGGUGGGGCUUAUGAUCCACUAUCAGCAGGCUUCACAGACAAGAGGUUUGGUAAGGGUGGCGCCUACGAUCCACUAUCAGCAGGCUUCACAGACAAGCGGUUUGGAAAAGGUGGGGCUUAUGAUCCACUAUCAGCAGGCUUCACAGACAAGAGGUUUGGUAAGGGUGGCGCCUACGAUCCACUAUCAGCAGGCUUCACAGACAAGCGGUUUGGAAAGGGUGGCGCCUACGAUCCCCUUUCUGCCGGCUUCACGGACAAGCGUUUUGGCAUGGGCGGCGCCUACGAUCCUCUUUCUGCAGGCUUCACAGAUAAGAGGUUUGGAAAGGGCGGUGCCUACGAUCCUCUAUCAGCGGGCUUCACAGAUAAGAGGUUUGGAAAGGGCGGCGCCUACGAUCCUCUAUCAGCGGGCUUCACAGAUAAGCGUUUCGGAAUGGGUGGUGCCUAUGACCCCCUUUCCGCAGGCUUCACUGACAAACGAAAGCGUUUCGGCAUGGGCGGUGCCUAUGACCCCCUUUCUGCAGGCUUCACAGACAAGCGAUUUGGAAAGGGUGGCGCCUACGAUCCUCUUUCAGCAGGCUUCACAGAUAAGCGUUUCGGCAUGGGCGGCGCCUACGAUCCCCUUUCUGCAGGAUUCACAGACAAGCGAUUUGGAAAGGGUGGCGCCUACGAUCCUCUUUCAGCAGGCUUCACAGAUAAGCGUUUCGGCAUGGGCGGCGCCUACGAUCCCCUUUCUGCAGGCUUCACAGAGAAGAGGUUCGGAAAGGGCGGCGCCUACGAUCCCCUUUCUGCAGGCUUCACAGACAAGCGUUUUGGAAAAGGUGGGGCUUAUGAUCCACUAUCAGCAGGCUUCACAGACAAGCGGUUCGGUAAGGGUGGCGCCUACGAUCCUCUCUCGGCAGGCUUCACAGACAAGCGCGGUUUCCUACACGGACCAGACGACCCGCUCAGCACUAGCUUUGUAGACGGAGACAAGCGUACUGGAUUCUUUCGGGGCCCUUUCCGUCACCUCGUGGCAGCGAAAAGGGACCCAGAAAAGAAAGAUAGCCGAUAAGAAGACCCAGACAAUACCAACUCCAAACAUUGCUCGCUACACUUUGAAACUGUACAAGGAUAAGUUGAAGCCAUUGACUUUAUGAACACUUCCAUUGACGAUUCUACAAUGGUCCAAAAGUUCACCAUUAGUUCGAGAGGGUCAAUUGAGAACUGUUCUUAGAUUUACAAAAGUACAUUCUUAAACCCAAUGCAUCAAAGCCGUUUUGAUGGUACAAUACAUAUGUAUACGACUUAAUAUUGUAUGAGUUGUCUAAAUUGUUCGAAUCAUUUUUGCUCUCCUGAUGUUUACGUGUGGAUUUACUUCGAUUUACAAUGCGAGGUAAAUUUACACCCAAAGAAACCAUUCCUUUUUGACCAUUGGUUCGUCUUAUACUAACAACUUUGUCAUAGCUCUCGUACCUGGCACAGCACUUUGUAGGCGGCAGAUGUGCACGCAUGCUUCACCUGCAUACUUCACCUGCAUGUUUCUUUUGGUCGUACCAUUGUGUGGUAUUUCUUUGCAAAUUCAAAUCUGCAUUCACCUGUCGACUGUUAUGUAAUAAUACAGUCAACAUUUGGUGGUAUGCAGCAUGACAAUUCUUCUUUAAGCUAAGCUAAAACAUCUUCAAGCGCAUUAAGCUCAAACUUGGAUGAAACACAUUAUAAUUGGCAGUUGAUUCAAGUGUUUAGUCAUUUCUCACUGGAAAUUAUUAUGCGAUUGGGUCGAACAGCCCAAACCGUGAGUAUUUGAAUUGCAAACCAAGAAACCAUUUAAACAAUAAAGUGAUCGUGAAUGUUAUACAUUGUAUUGCGAUCAGAUGACAGGCGUUGGACUUGGCACUGGUUAAUCACAAAUAACUAAGUAUAAGUAGUGUAUAGCAAAUUAAAUAUUUUCUUUAAUUUGAAAAAUGACGCCUAUCUUUGUAAAUUAAAUUAGAAAAGCGAAAGCCAUGUGGUAACAGGUAUGACAUGACAAGUUUAUCAGUUACAUCAACUCUGGCGUAUCGCCACCAAUAGUUCUAUCUAUUUUCCUCUAAGAGCCAAACAGAAAAUUAUGAAUAAUAGUGUUUCCCCCGAAACACUACUGCUACCGCUGCGCGUCGCUCUGUGAUACUGAGCCUUUUAAAACAGCAAAAACUAUGAUCACUGUUUAAACAUUAAAGCAAUGUUAAUAAGGGAUUACCACAUGACAUGUCAUGUAGAAGUGUUGUGUUACCCUUAGAAUGGUUUCAAAUAUUCAAGGUUUCAUUUUUCUGACGAGCCGCAGUCAAUUUCUGUGUGUAUAUGAGGUAGAGUAAACUUCUUAGUUGUAAUUAAUGUUUGAAGUGGCGAUAUGAAAAGGACGGAUUUAUUUUGAGUAUUUCACAAGUAAUAAUGUAUUUAAAAAAAAUAUUAUCCGUUUAUUAAUUAAUAGACGGUGAUUUAAACCAAAUGUUGUCUGAUAGGAUACGUUCUGUGAAUAACAAUAUGCAUGCAUACUGUGCCAACUGUGUCAACCGUGCAUGCCAGUAUAUUUCAGAUUGCGAAACGCUAUUCUUUAUAAAUGGAAACUUGUACAACCUUAAUUAAAAUAGUCUAUAAAUCAAAUAGUUUACACAAAUACCUUUGAUAUAAUUAUAUCGACAUAGUUUUGGGACAUGGGGCUACAUAAUGAAAACAAAUUCAGUAAUAGUGUGAUAUGUAGAUGUAAAAAAAUAAUAAAGAUAGUAUGUUAAAUACCGUAAAACCAGAUUAAAAUGACAUACUAAUACUCUAACCAAUCAGUUAUUUGAGUAUAAUCGUUGCAUAAACUGGUAAAUUGAGUAAACCUGUACAUUGAGCAUGAUUAUAAUGACAAGUCAAAUAAUUGUAAAUAAAUCAGAAACUACGGAACAGAUUUAGUAUGGGCUUGCAUCGGAUAUAUACCGCAGAGCGAGAUUUCGUCUGAUGAUUGUAGGCACUAGAUUUCAUUUCAUUUUGCUCGAUCUGCUUGUUAUACGCACUUUUAUCAGAAAAGUUUGAACCUCUUGGUAAAAACUGAUCCGACAGCCACCGCAACCACAUCACUAUUAUUGGUAUCUCGCUCACAUUAUGUCGCCUACAUUCUUAGGUUUUAGGAGCAACGAUUACGUGAGAAAGACCUGCGCGCUACCUCACUAGACCAAUCCAGGCACGCUGUCACUUUUAUCACGAAGGCCCCCUUCAAUGGCGAAAGCAUUGUGCUACCUACUGUACAGAUAAUCCGUCAUGGGGCAGUUCCUUUGCACAAUAGCUGGCGCACUGCUUUCGCCAUUGAAGAGGCCUCAUGUGUGUGAUCACCUGCCGGCAUUCCUUUUUACACUAAGUAAAGGAGAGUAUUUUGAACUGCAGGUGCAUGUAAUGGUGAAAUUUGGACUAUGAAAAAAGGACCUAUGGGUUGUAUUGCGCAUGAUUAUGUGAAGAUAAUUAGGACAGUGACAGGUGACUAGCGAUGGUUAUAGAGUCCAUAAAAAGAUACCAGAUUUUAUAGGAGUUUAAGUUUCAUAUGACACCGGUGUGUCUCAUCCGCAUCGAACAUAUUAUACUGGGGCUUGCUUAAACAAGUACUUUGAAGAAAGCUGCAUUCUUGUUAUGGCCAAGUGCUUUAUAAUCAGAAUAUUAUACACCAGGAAACUCGUCUGCGAAAACAAAUUAUAUAUCUCGAUAGAUAUUUACCAUAAAAGAUGUAAAAGCGGAGCAAUAUUAACAGCAUAUUGUGUAAUAA